UCGGCAUACAUACCUAAUUAUUUGGAGAUGAAUUAAUCAUGCUUUAUUUGAAUUGUGUGUCCAUAUGGAGACAAUUACGACGAUAUAGACACAUGGUUAAAGGUACGAUCCGUCGUUUGAUCUAAGAUUCGUAUAAGUAAAGUUUAUUAUCGAGUAAUAUGAGUUUAUGAAAUUAUGUUUAUUAUAAACUAGUUCCAUUAAAUUUUAAAUAAAAAAUACUAAUCAUUUAGCUAAAUAAAAACAAAAGUGUACCAAUACCUACUUAAAAAUAACUUGUUCUUGUUAUAAUUUGUGUUAUGUAAGUUUUGUUAUCGCCCUUGAGAUGAAAUUUUAUGACUGCCAUAUGGUAAAAUAGACUUGUAACAAAAAUGAAACGAUCGUAAAAAGAGAAGGCAAUAAAUAAGCCAUUGUAUAACUUACAUACCACAGAUGUGUAAUAUUUCACGUAAAGUUGAUGUAUUAAUACAUGUACACAAGCUACUACUGAAUACAUAAUUUUAUGUAAUGUGCCUGUAAAUUAUGAACAUCUUUAUAAAUAUUCUGUUAAAGUCUUGUAUAUAUUUAGAAUUAUUAUCAACGAUUGCUUCUAGUCCAUCAUUUUUUUAUGAAAAGAUGCAUAACUUUGGCUUGGGUAAACGCAUUCAUGAUUAUCGUCGUAUGUACAUGUUCAAGAACCAAAAUGAAUAUCCUGCUGCAUUGCCAACUAUAACGCCUAAUAAACACGCCAUGGUUCCAUCGCCGUAUCAUAGCAUCUAUCAGGGGCAUCGGAUGCCAAAUGAUACGAGGGUGUUUAGAAGACGAUUCGAGUAUGAAGCUCAGCCUUCAGGGCACCAUGUGUAUUGCGAAGGCUCAGUCAAUUGUGUAAUCAGUCACUUGGCUAUAGAAACAGCAGGUGGCAUACCCAUCUUGCUUCGUGGUGGUGCAGGAUACAGGUACUUGGUGGUGGUAAUUAAGGCCAAGCCGUAUACUCAAUUAGUAGGCAGCGUCCGCGCCUACUGCUUGUCGACUCCUGAUGACUACUAUACAGAAAAGCUAAAGGGCUGA